AUGCCUUACAAUUGUAAACGCUAAAUGCGAUGGUUAUUUUGCGAUUCGCAACAAAAAUGCAAAUAUUGGAAUGAGCAAUAAUUUUUUUUUCCUGUUUGGAGACCAUUUAACCUCCAAGUAUUGCACCUGUAAUAUCAUGUUGCAUAGGUUUUGAAUUCAAUUGUUAAUCAUGUUCACACACCGACUCUACUUGUUUACAGUUUAACUUCGAUUUUUAACUGACAGUUAUAAUGUUGUGUCGUUUCUAUUACAAUUAAUAAACACAUCGACUAUCAGUAUAGAAAGUGAUUAUUACAAUCAGCUCAAUCUUACCACAGCACCUGGCAACACCGUCCGGAGAAGUAGGAUAUUAGAGUUAGCGGUAAUCUGAAGUUACAAAACUAUCAAAAAAUAAAAUUCAAAUAAUUCUAAAAAAUGUCUGACGAAAAAAUCAUAAGAAGGAAACUUAUGUUUGAUGGCGACGGAACUGGGGAUGAGAGAAGAAUCAAUUUUCUUCAAAAGAUGAUCCUGAAGUUUAUAUUGAUCCCAAAUGAUUCACAAGAUGAGAUGCGAGUUAUGUACCAUAAGAUUUGUUGCCAACUGAGUGCAGUGGAACACUCCAGAAAAAAGUCUGAACUGGUAAAACAAACUUAUGACAAGCAAAUAAAGUCCUAUAAAGCCUAUCAAGAAGCAAUGGAAAAUAAUAUAGGAAAUGUAAAGAAGGCAAUAGGAGUUAGUACAGCUCUUCUUGCUGAUGUGAAGUACACAAAAGUCCAUAAAUUGAGUUGUGACAUGAUUGCAAGAGAUAUCGAAGGCCAACCUUCAAGGGAAGAAACUACUAAACAAUCUGAAGAAUUGUCAAAACAGAUAAUGCAGCUCAACGAUAUAAAAACGAAAUUGAACAAGGAGUGGUUGAAUUGUAGAAAGCAGUUUAAAGUCAUAACAACAAGUGCCAAUCAACUUCAAGAGUUAUUGAAUAAAAGUGAUGCUGAUGACAUUUUAGGCAAAUAGAUAGCUUCAGCUAGUCAUUCUCGUUUACUAAUUCGAUUGUUUUAUGAAGACUUCUGUGGAUGUCUUCUAGUUGUUAUAUGAAUUCUAAUUUUGUUAUUUAAUAAUUUCACAAGACUGAAAAGUUACCAUUUAGUUUUAUUAAAAAUCAUGAGAGGAGAAAUAAUGUUUGAUGGAGACUGAACUAGUCAUAUUGUAGGAAGCAGUUUAAAGUCGUCACAAGUGCCAAUCAACUUAAAGAUUUAUUAAAAAAGAAUGAAGUACAAGCUACAUUUUAGGUAAAUAGAUAGCCUCAGCUAGUCACAUUUCUUCAAUAAUGAGAUUGUUUUAUUAUUAAGACUUCUGUGAAUGUCCGUUAGUUGUUAGUUAUAUGAAUUUUAAUUUUGUUAUUUAUUGAUUUCACAAGACUGAAAAAUUACUGUUUAGUUUCGUUAUAUAAGAAUUACUUAAUUUUCUUCAAGAUAUCAAGGGUUCUCUACGAAAAACUUUAUAGAAUGUUAACUUCAACAACAUUCAUUCCAUUUGUAUCAAUCAGGUCUGUUGGCAUAACAAAUUUGUUGAAUAAAACUUGAAUAAAAAAAAUAUAAAUACG